AUGGAAGCAACCACUAAAAGAAUAGAUGCGACGCUCUUACAACAAAACCAAAACAACCUCGUUCGAAUCAUCGGUAAAUGUGAAUCAUACGAUACCAGCACGCAACAGGCCAUAUUGAUAAGCAAUGGAUCCGUCAAGCUAGAUUUAUCAUCAGCUACCCAGGACGGCGCGGGAAACGACGGUGAUAACAAUGGAGACGGGGCAUUGCAAGUGAAUAAGAACUAUGAAAUUAUUGGCAAAGUCAGCCAUAAUCCAUCUGAUUUAAAAGUGCAUGUUUAUUCGGUUGUUUCAUUGACUGAUAAUUUGAAUUUAAAUGCGGUUGAGAAAUUGGUUCAAUAUACCUAUAAAGUACCCGAGUUAUUUUAUCAAGAGAGUUAG